AUGGCGGAUGAGUUGCGGCAGAAGGGCGUCCGGCCAAAGAUGCCGGCGUACGAUGAGACACCGCUGUGCUCAGUGGGUAAGCUGGUGCGCGUGAAGCUGGCCUCCGGGCAGCUCCGCCGCGCCAUGGUGGAGUGUGUGGAGGAAGCCGAGGGCACUGUCGAUGUAGCAUUCGUUGGAUCAGCUGCAAAGGACAGCAGCGAUGCUACGGUGCCAAUCGACAGCCUGAGGCCAUUGGAGCCCAUUGAGUUGCCCUUCCUGCAGGCGGAUAAUUUCAGCGUCAGCGGCGCCAAGGAGGCAGGCAACGCGGUUUUCAAGCUCGGCGACAUGGAGGCUGCCUCGGAUCUCUACGGCCGUGCCCUGGAUGCCUUGGAGCGGGCAGCUCCCAAGGCCAACACCUGGGUCCUGGCAAACCGAAACGGCGCACUGUUGCCCGGCAAGAUCGUUCUGGUGGACAAUUCCAACCGAGCUGACGUGGAAUUGAGAAAAGACGGGAGAGUUGAGGUCCUCCAAGGUGUCCCUCAUCAUGCGCUGAUAGGUGUACAGCUUGAUCAGAUGCUGUUGCAGGGCAGCUUGCACUUGAAUCGAUCUCGAGCCUUGGCUCAGCUGGGGCAGCAGCAAGAAGCGGCGCAGGACCUCUCUGUGACCAUUGCGCUUUGGGCAGCUUACAAAGCUGCUGGAAAGCCUUUGGAGACGGAGGGCAAAGAGCAGCUGGUCAAGGCCUACUACCUGCGUGCUAAGACGAGAAUCUUGAGGCAGCGCCCGGAGCCCGCACGCGCGGACCUCCGCUGCGCCUGGGCGCUGCGGCCGGAAAGCACCGCAGCGCUGCGGCAGGCUGAGCGAGAACUUGAGCUCAUGGAGAAGGAGAAGGUGAGGAGCAAUAAGCAGCUAGCGAAGGAAAUUGCUAAGCUGGCUGACGUGGCCAUGUCAGGCUUGGAUGAGGAGCAGCUGGCAUCGUUUGGCGGUGCAAAUCGAUGA